GUAGGACAAACAAGUUCAUAGUAUUUGUAAAGCUGUGGCGAUUUCUGUCAGCAUAUGUUCCACAAAAAAUGUAUUUAAAAAUAUGUUUUGCUACCGUUAUUUUUUUAAUGUUAUUAAACAAAAGUCAAGGUGCUGUAAGAGUGGAUCCUCUAGUUGAUACAAAAGUUGGUUUAAUUCGAGGACUGAAGGCGGACGAUGGAGAUUAUUCAAUGUUUUUAGGUAUUCCUUACGCUGAUGUUGAUGAAAAUAACCCUUUUGGGCCUUCUACACCACGUCAAAAAUUUGACGGUAUAUUCGAUGCCGUACAUGACUCUGUGAUAUGCCCACAAUUAUUGGACAACGGUACAGCUGUUGGUGUCGUGGAUUGUCUUCAAUUGAAUGUAUAUGUACCAAAGUCCGCGAAUUCCAAGAACAAGGUACCUGUACUUGUGUUUUUCUACGGAGGCAGCUUUUACAGAGGAUAUGCUAACAGAGAUUUAUAUGGCCCGCGGUUCCUUGUCAAGCAUGACGUCAUCCUUGUGACAGUGAACUAUCGCGUAGGAGCGUAUGGGUUUAUGUGCUUGGAUACACCUGAUGUUCCAGGAAAUCAAGGACUAAAAGAUCUAUUAGUUGCACUUCGAUGGUUGAAAAAUAAUAUCGAAGGGUUUGGAGGAGAUGCCAAUAAAAUAACAUUAUUCGGUCAAAGUGCUGGAGGGAGAGCUGUAGAUUUUCAUUUGAUAUCUGAACAAGAGAAAUUAUUUGAUAAGGUUAUAAUACAAAGUGGUAUUUCAAUUUCUCCUCCUGUUAUAGGAGAAGUAUAUACAAGAGCACCACUGAUGCUCGCUGAGAAGAUCGGAUUUGUUACUGAGGAUGUCCCAGAAGCUUUGUCCUUCCUUGCAACGGUCGAUCCACAAAUUGUAGUAGCCGCAGCCUCAGAUAUUGAUUACACGUUUAGACCGUGUGUAGAAAAUGAUUUCGAAAAUGUUGAAAAGUUUGUUACAGAUUAUACAAAUAACAAACAAAUGCCAAAAGUUAAGACUACACCAAUAUUGUUAGGGUAUACUGACAAUGAAUUGUAUUUUGCACACGCAGGAAGAGACACUGAAUAUUUUGAAAAUCUUAACAUAUUUGAAGAUACAUUGAAAAGUUACUUCGAUUUCGAUGAUGAGCGUUUGAAGGAAAUGGUGAAUUUAGUCAGACAAUUCUAUAUUGGGGAUGAGAAAAUGAGCACCGAAAAUGUUCAAGGUAUAGCCGAUUUUCAUUCCGAUUUUACUUACUUACACCCAAUUCACAGAAGGACUUACCAAAAUAUUUUAAAUGGAGCUCAAAAGAUUUACCACUAUUUAUUUAGUUACAACGGUAGAAGAAACAUGUCGUUCCAGAGAAAUGUAACAAUGAGCGGCGCCGGCCAUGGCGAUGAUAUUGGUUAUCUGUUCCAAAGACAGAAUUUGAUAAAUGAUGAGAUAACAGUAGAAGAUCAAAUAAUGAUUGAUCGAAUUACAACUCUUUGGACAAACUUUGCGAAAUUCGGCGACCCCACACCGACUGUGACUGACUUAUUACCGAUCAAAUGGGAACCGAUAACAGAAGAAAAAUUAUAUUACUACAAAUUGGAUUCCGAAGUCAGUCUGGGUAGUAGACCAUUUAGUAAAAGAAUGGCCUUUUGGGAUCUGUUUUUCAAGCAUAAUAGAGAACUUCAGAAAGGUUACCGCAAGUCUUAAGAAGGUCAAAAGAAAAUGUGUCUAUGUGUAUUUACAAUAAAUCAUAU